AUGAAUUGGAGGAUGUAUGAACGCAAGUCUACUGCAGAUCUGCAGGAGAGAGGAUGCAGCUUGUCCCUGAGAACAACCUUAGCUUUUAUGCAAGGGGGUGCUUACCAUAUAAAAAGCGUAGCUACUAACGAAUUUCUACGAUGGCCUGUGAAAGCUGGCGAUCCAUUAACAUUAGGAACAACUAAGGGUGAAUGGGUAAUUGACCCUCCACCUGACCCUAAUGAGAUUGUUGCUUCUACAAUUUAUAGUGCACUAGAAGGCCUUUAUGCCGGUGUGGAUCACGAAGUACAAGGGACGAAAAUAAUCGCUGUUACCAAUCCUUAUAAAUUCGAAAUAGCUCCAACACCAGAAGGGCUUUAUAGUAUCUACCCAGUAGGCACAGAGCUAUAUUGGGCUUCUAAUUCCACUAUUUCCCCCGCUAUCGAACUUAUCGCUGGAAGUGAUAUCAAGGGUAAUGAAGGAUUCUUUAAUAUAACCCCUGUUGAAAAUAAUAAUUUUUAA